GGGGAAGGAGAAAAUACAUUUCAUGUUGGUCUGGCCACGACACGCGGAAGUGCUGCCUCUUCGGGGAGUUAGUGUCGCCGCCACUCCCUCCCUUGUAACGGUGCUGUACGGUUCGACUGAGCCCGGUUUGUCCCAUUGGGACGGCGGUGUACGGGUCAGCUGAGCCCGGUUUGUCCCUUGUGACGGCGGUGUACGGGUCAGCUGAGCCCGGUUUGUCCCAUUGGGACGGUGCUGUACGGGUCAGCUGAGCCCGGUUUGUCCCAUUGGGACGGCGGUGUACGAGUCAGCUGAGCCCGGUUUGUCCCUUGUGACGGUGCUGUACGGGUCAGCUGAGCCCGGUUUGUCCCAUUGGGACGCUGACAAUGGCCGGGCCGGCCCGGAUCUCCCUCCUGUGCUGUGCCGUGUUGCUGCUGCCGAUGCCGGGGGCUGCCGACUACGUGCUGGACGAUCAGGCGGGUCUCGGCCCGGAGUUUGACGGUAUCGGCGGCCUGAGCGGCGGCGGGGCAACUUCCCGACUUCUUGUCAACUACCAAGAGCCAUAUCGCAGCCAGAUCUUGGACUACUUGUUCAAGCCAAAUUUUGGUGCUUCUUUGCAUAUCUUGAAAGUUGAGAUUGGAGGUGAUGCCCAAACAACAGAUGGGACAGAACCUUCACAUAUGCACUAUGAAGAUGAUGCCAAUUAUUUCCGAGGAUAUGAGUGGUGGCUGAUGAAAGAGGCAAAGAAAAGGAAUCCUAAUAUUAAAUUAAUAGGGUUACCCUGGGCCUUUCCUGCUUGGAUUGGUUAUGGAGAGAUGUCACCUUACUCUUACCCACACAGAACAGCCUAUUAUAUUUCUUCGUGGAUUCAUGGUGCUAAAUACUAUCAUAAUCUUGAUAUUGACUAUGUUGGGAUUUGGAAUGAGAGACAUUUUAACAAGAAGUACAUCAUGGUUCUGCACCAGUUACUGGAUAAUGUUGGUGUAAAAGAUGUUGGUAUUAUUGCUGCAGAUGGACAUUGGGAGAUCGCAGAUGAUUUAAUAGUUGAUCCAUACUUAAGUGAUGCAGUUGAAAUUAUAGGAGCCCAUUAUCCUGGAACUAUUUCAAGCAGCAAUGCUCGGAAGACUGGCAAGAAGCUAUGGUCAUCUGAAGACUACAGUACGGUCAAUAACAAUACAGGAGGAGGGUGUUGGGCUCGAAUACUUAACCAGAACUACAUUAAUGGCAAUAUGACAUCUACAAUUGCAUGGAAUCUGUUGGCAAGUUACUACAAGGAGUUACCGUUUGGCUUGGAUGGGCUGAUGACAGCAGAUGAACCAUGGAGUGGUCACUAUGAAGUCCAGUCACCCAUCUGGAUUACAGCACACACUACACAGUUCACUCAGCCAGGCUGGCAUUACCUGAAGACUGUUGGUCACUUGGAAAAGGGUGGGAGUUAUGUGGCCCUGACAGAUGGGAAAGGAAAUCUCACCAUUAUCAUAGAGACCAUGACUCAUGAUCAUUCGAUAUGUAUACGGCCUCCACUGCCACCUUUCAAGGUCUUUCCACAAGAUGUAACUUUUCACCUCCGAGGAUCAUUUAAAAAGAUUGACACUUUAAAAGUAUGGCAUACAAAACUUGACUUCUACAAGAACUCCUCCAAAUUUUUCACUCAACAUUCUGACAUCAAGCUCGUGAAUGGAUCAUUCUCCAUGCCCUUGGAGGUGGAUGAAAUAUGGACCAUGACCACCAUUAGCACAGGGAAACAUGGCAGUUUUGCUGAGCCGCCUCCCUCUAGCUCAUUUCCAAAGGACUACACGGAUGAUUUCAAUAUUAAGACUCCACCAUUCAGUGAGGCACCUAAUUUUGCCGACCAGACUGGAGUGUUUGAAUAUUUUAUAAACUACUAUGAUCCUGGUGAACAUAUGUAUACUCUGCGACAGGUGGUAACACAGCGACCUAUAACCUGGGCAAGUGAUGCUGACCAAACAAUUAGUGUUAUUGGUGAUUACAUGUGGCAAGAUCUCAAUAUAACUUGCGAUGUACUCAUUGAGAUGGCCAAUACUGGAGGUGUAUUCAUUGCUGGAAGGGUGAAUAAAGGAGGGGAACUUAUUCGAAAUGCAGAAGGAUUAUUCUACUGGAUCUUUGCAGAUGGGACGUACAAAGUUACUAAUGACUUGCCCGGGAACAUUGUGUUGGCUUCAGGCAAAUCCGGAACACGGGCAGGAAAGUGGCACACUCUCACUCUCAGGAUUCAGGAUGACUUUGCAUAUGGAUUCCUGAAUGGCUACCCACUGUGGAAGGAUGUCCUUGUAGUUCAACCUCUCAACGGCUGGGCUGCUAUUGGAACACGGAGCUUCGAAUUGGCUCAGUUUGAUAAUUUUCACGUACAAGCUGGUUAAUCCCAAGUGGAUCCAUUCCUGUAUCUCAAGCACAGUGCCGCAUUUCUAUGUUUGCAGUCCUGAAGUGCCUCAGAAAGAAUAUGAGUAUUUCUUCCCACUCUGUGCAUUCAGACACUGCUGGCAGCAUCUUCUCCACCCUCUGAUUUCUUUUCAAGUGCCAAUGCUGUGGUAAUAGCACAAGACUUGCUGCUUCAGUCUAAUCGAAAACAACUUAUGACAUUGCAUUUCAAGCAAAUGUUUUAAUUUCAGUAUACAACACACACAUCUGUUCCCCCGUGUACCCGGAAUGAAAUACAACAAGGUGAAAGGUAUUGUGUGAGCGUGGGUAAGGUAAACCACCUGCCUCCUUAACUACAAUAGCCAGGCUGUUUACCAAUCUCCACUGAAAUUUCCUUAGGAAAAGUAUGUACCAGAAGGGCCAAAGCAUUCUGACUACUAAUCCUUUUUUUUGAACAAGAAUACUUAAAGUUCAAAGUGAAUUUAUUACCAAAGUACAUACAGUACGUGUGUGUGUCUAUAAAACCAUGAGAUUCAGUUUACUGUGGGCACUCUCAAUAAACCCAGUAACCAUAAUGGGAAGCCUACACCGACGGGCAAACAACCAGUGUGUAAAAGACAACCAAUUGUGCAAAUGCAAAAAGAAUGAAAAUAAAUGAAAUAAUAAUAAAUAUUAAAUAUGAAGAGUCCUUGAAAGUGAGUUCAUAGGUUCUGGGAACAGUUCCAGUGAUCAGCUCUUUGGACUCGCUAACACUGAGUAAGAGGUUAGUGCCAUGGCACCACUUGGCCAGAUUUUCAUUCUCCGUCCUACGUUCAUCUGAUAUCAGUCUCAUAAAACUCACCUGCUUCCAUGCCAACUGACCAAGGCUAAACCUGACUGUUUGAAACCUUACAAUGAAAUUUGAACCUCUGCUAAACAUUGCAUUGGAUAUUGAUGUCAUUCCUAAGGUUCUUUUUCUACCUUUUGUAAUAUUGCAUAAUUGCAGUCCUGCCCGUGCAUACACUCACUAACCAUCCAUAGAUUGCAACACUCCAUCUUGCCCUAGCUGCCUUACAUGUUCUACCUUCUUUAAACAUCGGGGGGGGGGGGAGGGGGCCAUGGUAAAGUAGCAGUUAUCGUGACGCUGUUACACCUCGGAACAUUGGAUUUCAGAGUUUAAAACUUCUGUGAGGAGUUUGUACACCCUCCCUGUGAAUGAGUGGGUUUACUCCAGGUGCUCUGGUUUCCUCUCACUGUCUUGUAGGAUAUCCCAUGAUUAGGCUAGGGUUAAAUAGGUGUCUCGCAGGGUGGAACAGCCUAUUAGGCUGGAAGGGCCUGUUCCAUGCUGUGUCUCUAAAUAAAUAAAACAAAAAAAUAAAUAAAUUCUACUACAGAUGUCUUAGUUCACUUUAGAGAUCAGUCCUACAACAGCUGACCUCAUUCCUUCCCUUCUCUGUAAUCUUACUCAGCCUUGUAAUCCUGCAAGUUUAGGCCAUAAAACCGCAAGACGCAGGAGCAGGAUUAGACCAUUUGGGCCAUUGAGGUUUCUCUGCAAUUCCAUCAACCUCAGUCUGCUGCCUUCUUCCCAUAACGUCUGAUACCCUGACUAAUCAAGAGCCUAUCAACCAUCGCUUUAUGUAUACUCAGUGACUUGGCCUCGAUAGCCUCUGUGUCUGUGAAUUCCACAGAUAAGAAUUCCCUCCUCAUCUCUGUUCUAAGUGGAUGUCUCUCUAUUUUGUGGCUCUGUCUUCUGGGCUUAGACACGCCCACUAUAGAAAGCAUCCUCUCUAUAUCCACUCUAUCAAGGCCUUUCCAUAUUCGAUAGGUUUCAAUGAGAUGCUCCUUCAUUCUUAUAAACUCCAGUGAGUACAGACCCAAAACCAUCAAACAUUCCUCAUACAUUAACCCUUGCAUUCCUGUGAACCUCCUUUGAAUCCUCUCCAAUGUCAACACGUCUCAGAUAAGGGGCCCAAAUCCAUUCUCGAUACUCCAAAUGCGGUCUGACCGAUGCCUUAUAAAGCCUCAGCCUCACAUCCUUGCUUGUUUAUUAUUACUUCAUUGGCAGAUGCACCUUCCUGCCAAAUCCCAGCGCUCUGGAACUCCUUCCCUAAGUAUCUGCUCUGCUGAUUGUUAUCCUUUUUCAGGAGCUUCCUAAGUGCUGCCUCUCACCCAGAUUUCAGUCACAUCUUUUGUGCCUCUUAUGGAAUUAUUUGAUGAAGCACUGACGAUUGUUUUUGUAUUUUACCCGAUUAUUUAAUUUGUGCUGUUACUGGUACUUCUACUGAAUUGUUACAGGAAACCAGUCAGGAAUAUUUAGUUGACUUGUUCAUGUUACAGAAUAACCUUUGGGUUUCUUUUUAAUCUGAGUCGUUCUCUAAAUCUGAUUCAUUGUUUUUCUAAUGCAAUUCUCCAAAUAAAUAAAAUCUUCCUAACAUUUUCUUUAAA